AUGAAGACGGCUCAGGCUCCAAGUAUCGCCGGAAAAGACAGAGACAUUACAGACGCUCCGCAGAGACAGAGACAUUACAGACGCUCCGCAGAGACAGAGACAUUACAGACGCUCCGCAGAGACAGAGACAUUACAGACGCUCCGCAGAGACAGAGACAUUACAGACGCUCCGCAGAGACAGAGACAUUACAGACGCUCCGCAGAGACAGAGACAGAGACAUUACAGACGCUCCGCAGAGACAGAGACAUUACAGACGCUCCGCAGAGACAGAGACAUUACAGACGCUCCGCAGAGACAGAGACAUUACAGACGCUCCGCAGAGACAGAGACAUUACAGACGCUCCGCAGAGACAGAGACAUUACAGACGCUCCGCAGAGACAGAGACAGAGACAUUACAGACGCUCCGCAGAGACAGAGACAUUACAGACGCUCCGCAGAGACAGAGACAUUACAGACGCUCCGCAGAGACAGAGACAUUACAGACGCUCCGCAGAGACAGAGACAGAGACAUUACAGACGCUCCGCAGAGACAGAGACAUUACAGACGCUCCGCAGAGACAGAGACAUUACAGACGCUCCGCAGAGACAGAGACAUUACAGACGCUCCGCAGAGACAGAGACAUUACAGACGCUCCGCAGAGACAGAGACAUUACAGACGCUCCGCAGAGACAGAGACAUUACAGACGCUCCGCAGAGACAGAGACAGAGACAUUACAGACGCUCCGCAGAGACAGAGACAUUACAGACGCUCCGCAGAGACAGAGACAUUACAGACGCUCCGCAGAGACAGAGACAUUACAGACGCUCCGCAGAGACAGAGACAGAGACAUUACAGACGCUCCGCAGAGACAGAGACAUUACAGACGCUCCGCAGAGACAGAGACAUUACAGACGCUCCGCAGAGACAGAGACAGAGACAUUACAGACGCUCCGCAGAGACAGAGACAUUACAGACGCUCCGCAGAGACAGAGACAUUACAGACGCUCCGCAGAGACAGAGACAGAGACAUUACAGACGCAGACCUCCGCAGAGACAGAGACAUUACAGACGCUCCGCAGAGACAGAGACAUUACAGACGCUCCGCAGAGACAGAGACAUUACAGACGCUCCGCAGAGACAGAGACAUUACAGACGCUCCGCAGAGACAGAGACAUUACAGACGCUCCGCAGAGACAGAGACAUUACAGACGCUCCGCAGAGACAGAGACAUUACAGACGCUCCGCAGAGACAGAGACAUUACAGACGCUCCGCAGAGACAGAGACAUUACAGACGCUCCGCAGAGACAGAGACAGAGACAUUACAGACGCUCCGCAGAGACAGAGACAGAGACAUUACAGACGCUCCGCAGAGACAGAGACAUUACAGACGCUCCGCAGAGACAGAGACAUUACAGACGCUCCGCAGAGACAGAGACAUUACAGACGCUCCGCAGAGACAGAGACAUUACAGACGCUCCGCAGAGACAGAGACAGAGACAUUACAGACGCUCCGCAGAGACAGAGACAUUACAGACGCUCCGCAGAGACAGAGACAUUACAGACGCUCCGCAGAGACAGAGACAGAGACAUUACAGACGCUCCGCAGAGACAGAGACCGUCACAAACACAACAGCAGCAGGAGUCAGAGGGUUCAGAUCACAUUAUUAUUGUUUGA